AUGUUUAGCCUGAUGGCGAACUGCUGCAACUGGCUGAAACGGUGGAAAGAACCAGCAAGGAAAGUGACUUUGGUCAUGGUGGGCCUGGACAAUGCAGGAAAGACGGCCACAGUCCGAGGGAUUCAAGGAGAAAACCCACAAGACGUAGCUCCCACUGUCGGAUUCUCCAAAAUAGAUUUGAAGCAGGGCAAAUUUGAGGUCACCAUUUUCGACCUGGGCGGCGGGAAGAGGAUCAGAGGAAUUUGGAAGAACUAUUACUCAGAAUCGCACGGAGUGGUGUUUGUGGUGGACUCUACAGACGUGCAGAGGAUCCAGGAAACUCGAGACACCAUGACAGAGGUCCUGCAGCAUCCACGGAUCUCUGGGAAGCCUGUUUUAGUCCUCGCAAACAAACAGGACAAAGAAGGGGCUCUGGCUGAAGCAGACAUCAUCGAAAACCUCUCACUAGAGAAGCUUGUCAACGAGAACAAGUGUCUCUGUCAGAUCGAGCCAUGCUCAGCUGUUUUGGGCUACGGCAAGAAGGUGGACAAGUCCAUCAAGAAGGGCCUCAACUGGCUCCUCAACAACAUCGCCAAAGACUACGAGGCCAUCGGCGAGCGAGUGCAGCGGGACACGGCCGAGCAGCGCGCCCAGGAGGAGCAGGACCGGAAGGAGAGGGCCGAGAGGGUGCGGAGGAUCAGAGAGGAGAGAGAGAGAGAAGAGCGAGAAGAGGCAGAACAAGAGGGGCAGCAGCUUCACGAGGACGAUCUCGAGGAAGACAACAUACCCAAUCCAUUCCAGCCAAUCAGCAACUUCGUCACUGAGAACGAUGACGUGGAAAAAGAGAAGAAAAGGCAAAUAGAGCUACAAGAGAAGCUAAAAGAUGGCAGUCAGGAGGAAGAGGAGGACAAUGACGAAGAGCCAAUAGACACAAGGCAAACCUCUGAAAAUGGAAGCUCAUCGACGGUGGGCGAGCAGAAAACGAAGAAGACGAGGAAGCUGCACCUGAAGAGGAAGCACAGGGUGGACCCGCUAAAGACGGACGAGGGCCACAGGGAAAGCCCCACGCCGCCACCCCCUCCUGUGGGAUGGGCCACACCCAAAGCUUCGAGACUGCCAAAACUAGAGCCGCUGGGGGACUCCAAACAUUCUGAUUUCUUCAAGAAGCCACUGCCACCUGUCGCCAACCGGCCCGGCUCGCAGCCCAACGGCGAUUCUCACGAUUGA